GAAGCGUUGCAGGGAAGCGCGCUCGUUGUUUUGUUUUUAGUCCAGGAAACUCGUGUAGCUCACGCCCAAUACACCACCUUUGCUCACUCACUCACUUAUCACCAUCGUCGUAGUAGUCGUAAUAGUAGUAGUAGUCCCACAUCACACCGCACUACCCGAGUGGGAUCCCGCCGCUCCUCACUCUGGAAGGAAGCAAGGAAAGAAGGAAGGAAAGAACCCCACAUAAAUCCACCAACUGCUCGGGACCUGCCUUUCCCUGCUGUAGCGUGCGUGCAUGCCCGCCUGCCUGCCUGCGUGCGUGCGUGCGUGCUUUCCUUGGUUUGUUUGGGGUUGGGGUUGCGGUUGCGGCUGGUCUUAGACUCGAGCACUUUGGAGCCAAUAAGCCAUCAGAGCCAAUCAUCCUACUCCAGCACGAAGCCAUUGGGCUUAACCCGCAAUUCGCUGCUGACCUAUUGCAUUCGUGGGUGGCGCGUACCAUCUCUGUCGUCGACAGUUGCAGUUCGUUAGUUUUGCGGUGGUGAUCUUUGUUGGGGUUCAUGCCCAGGGCUGGGGUUUUUAUUGCCUCCGAGGGAUUUAUAUACAGUCAUCACCCGGGUUGUCGUUUCUCUUCAUGCAUUUUCAUGAGAAGAUCGAUUUGAGAUGGCUCGUGCAGCGCAGUAGUGCUGCCUCACGAAGGGUAAAACCAUCAACGACCGUCGGUGGACGACGAUGCUUCCAAGUAGAAGCGUCCGGCCUUUGCAGUUUAAUCGGGAGUUGAGAUAAUGACCAUGAGUGCAUCGCGAACCCCAGAUUGGCCUUGUCUGCGCUCUGCCGUUGCUGGUCUAAGACCCUCGCAGGUUCGCAACCCGGAGAAAUUCGUGUUGGAUUAAUCCGAGCAGGAAACGUGCUCUGAUCGCCUCAUACUGCCAGCCCUUCUCUCACAACGUUUUUAGUUUUUGGUUUUAGUGUUUUUAUUUUUUAUUUUUUUCAAUAUGGUAGCACAGAAGCCGUGGCUCUAAUAAUCCUACAAGCUUUCUUCAACCUCCAUUGCCGCCCUCGAUCCGGAAAACUUACACUGUCCAAUUAACGGAUGACGCUGAAAAUCAUAGUCUGAGAAGGUAGCAAGGUUUCGAGAUUGAGAAAUCAAUUUGUCCAGGCGAGGCCCAGGCUGGCCAGUGGUGGCCGCGUAGAGCGGCACGCUGGCGAGUCCUGGUAGUACCACGCUUAGGCAGCUCGGGGGAGGCGAGGGCGAGGGCGAGGGGUGGGACUUGAGGGUUGACGACCCCACUGAGAGAGGCAAGCGUGUAGCGUCACAGGAGAGUGACGCAUCCCUUCGCGACUCCCAGAAACUGGAAACGUGGAACCGGGAGCCCCUAGUGAGUUGGACAGGAAGCGUGAGCACUAGCGACAAGGAUCUGGACCAAGGCUGGAAAGAGAAGGAUCAACUGGAAAACUGGGAGCAGCAUUUGGGAGACAGGAAUCCGAGGGGAUCGGAGAUUUUGAGUGCCCACAAUCUAGACAGUGAUAAGGAACAAGGAGCGACUGAUUCCGCUGCAGCCGGAAGCACAGAUAGAGAAUGCGCGGGGGCGUUGGAUAACUCGAUGAGGUAUACAUCCGCAUCAGCGGUGAGGGCUAGAAACUUAGGGGCUCAGGAUUAUUCAGGUCGCAGAAACGCUAGGGGAUACCAUUCCUCCAUGAGCAGUGGUGCACCAUGUGGCGCCUGCAAAUUCCUGCGCAGGAAGUGUGUAAGGGGUUGCAUCUUUGCGCCAUAUUUUAGUGCGGAGCAAGGAGCGGCGAAGUUCGCCGCCGUGCAUAAAGUUUUUGGGGCCAGUAAUGUAGCUAAGUUGCUGUUGCAUAUACCAGCGCCGCGACGCAACGAUGCGGUGCUGACCAUCAGCUACGAAGCGCAGGCCCGAUUGUCCGAUCCCGUGUAUGGCUGCGUCGCUACCAUUUUCGCUCUCCAGCAGCAGGUUGCAAGCUUGCAAGCGGAGCUAACUAUGAUGCAAACCCAGCUCACAGACCGCAACACACACCUGCUGCAGCAACAACGAAUGACAAUGGCCUUCGGUGCUCAGGGUACGCAGGCGGUUGAAUUCUUGCAGCCCCAACACCUCGCAGAUCACUCCCAGCUCUCGUCCACAUCCGGGUUGUCAAUGGGCAUUCCUGGAGGCUCCAGCACGGGUCCAUACACCCGUGUGAAAGCAGAAGACAGUUACCUUCAUGGUAUGCAAACUCACCUCUACGACGUCGGAAUGCCGGCUACGAGUAUGGAGCCUACCAUUAUGUCCACCGAGCAUAGCUUACUGGAGUCCAUGCAAAGAUUCAGAAGCGGAGGAAUGGCGGAGCAAUCGGAUGAGGGGGAACUGCAAGCUCUCACAUCUCUCUUCAGGAGGAAAUAGGAGCUGGCAGCCUCGCUCGUUGUCCACUGUGUGCUUUCAUUUUCAUGUUCAGCGGAUUCGCGUGGUUUUCGACUUUGUUGGUUUGUUAAGAAGUGCAGUUCCAGGACACGUGACGGUUUUAGCUUGGCAGUGGAAGAUUCUGCUUGGACCCUAAGCGAUUGACUUGAUUAGGCUGGACAAUGAGGCGUUAGCCAUUUAGCUCAGGGAGAGCAUAUUAACUUUUAUGAGAUUAGGCAUGGUACUGCAAGGCUAUCAUCUCGGCAUGAGGAUUGGCGGUCACCGUAGGAGGCUAGCAGAGAUCGGAAGGUAGUACCAUUUGCAGCACGAAUCUAACGUACAGAAUUAAUUCAUGGAUCGUGAUUAAUGUUUUCGCUUCAUGUGUCUGCAUGCAAUUUGAGGAGUUGGCACCAGACAGCUUUAAGCAAUGGCAGCCUUGGCCCCUCUUGGACUUUGCCUCUGCAUGAACCAGUAGGAUGUGAUCCUUUCCUUUCACUUUGUCCGUAGUUUACAGCAAGUAGGUCCUAAUAGAAUUUACCUUGCACUGGGUCAAGCUUCGACCUCCUGAGGUUAAUACUUUUGAGCUAUGGCUAGUUUAAGUGAGAAUUUUUGCAUCGAAAUUUGUCUAUAUAUGUGCGUCAUAUAUUGUGUUACCUAAUCUAAAGUGGGGAUUUGUAAUGUGAGAUUAUGGCAGAACCGUUGUUCUAUGUAACAUGCUCAAACCUGUUGGGAGUCGUUUUCCUUUCGACAGACACGUAAUGAGGACGAUUGCUUCUGGGUCAAUUCUUGACCAUUACUGCACGUCA